AUGGCCCGUAUCCAAACGCCUGUCUUUCUCCAAGAAUGCAAAAACUACCUCGACUAUCUGGUGCGUGGUCAAAAUGGAGAUCUCGCUCUCCCCGAGUACGAGAGGGCAAGUCAAUCAGUCUCAAUGACGAAAAGACAAGCCAUUCAGAAUCGUUUACUAAUUGCACUACAGAAUGAUCGCGGCGAGGUUGCUGUUCAUCGCGGGGAGGUGUUCUGCCGUUUUCCGUCGUGUGCACACCGCAGGAAUCCUUUGAGUUCAACGAGAAACCUCCGAGCACAUCUGAAGCGCCACGAACUUGCGAUACAGCAGACGCCCUCUGGUAGCACAACACAGCAAGAGAAGGAUAAGGCCAUGAAAUGGUUUGCGGAUAUCAUCGCGACUUCCGACCAGGCGGCUGCCAUUGCUACACGAGGAGAAUGA